UUCAGGUAUGUUUUUUUCACCUCGUUAUUUUCUCUUAUUUAAAAACAUUAAGAAUGACUGUAAAUUUUGUCUUUUUUGAUCUUUUAUGGCUGCGUUUGGGUUGUCAUCAUUGUGGCGGGUGUUUGCAGGCUGCCGGUCAGCGGCGGCCAAACUGCUCGUUUACUUAAGAAAUUGCACGUGUGACAGAGGGGGGCCGUGGGAGCGUGGCGGCCCGGCUGAAUAGAGGGAGGGGAGGCAAUUAGCUGCCACGUUGCCGGGGCUCUUUUACUUGUCAGGCUGGCUUUUGUGUGAGUCUUGUAGAGGACAUUCCCAGGGUUUUGUUUUGGCAUUUAGGGCCGAAGGACAGCAGCCGAAAAGCGGCGAGGAAAAAGGGAGGGAAAAUUUAAGUGCUGAAAAACAGCAUGUGCACUUUUUCCAGUUUAAAAAAAUGGAGGUACUUUUUUUUUUUUUUUUUUAAAUGUAUGAGAAAACCAAAAUUGUACAAAAUAAUUUCAGAUGUAAUGACAGUUGAUUUUAGAUUUUUGGCAGUGUAAAUUUUUAAUUGAAAAGUUUCAAAUAGUGGGAUAUUUGUGGCUAUAUAAAAAUUUCAUUUGAAAUAUAAAAAAAAAACAAGGGAAAAGAUACAAAUUUUUAGAUUGUAAUAAAACAGAGUUUGAUCAGAUGGAAAGUUUUUAAUUAGUCACUUCAAUUCCUUGCUUUUCCAGAAAGUUCAUAUUUAGAAAAAUUAUUUAAAGACAGCACAGUAAAAUUAAAGAAAGGAUUUGUGGAGUAGGUGCACCAAAGGCCUUUGCAGUUUUGUCAGGGCAAGGCCAUGAAGAGUUAAAUGUGGGAGCUUCUUUACUCCCCUCAAAAAGAAAAAGAGGGAAUAAAACAAUAGAAACAAGACCCCACAUUGAUGUCACAUCCAUGUCAAAACGGAGACAAAUACCUUUCUCCCCUUUUCCUCCGUCCUCCCCCGGAUGGUGGGCUUAGAGAGGGGACUGUCAGAAUCACACAGCUAAGUGACUGCUUGCCACACUUUGCUGAUCUUGCCCUCCCUUUGUGGAUGUUGUUUUCUCUUGUCUUUUCUCUCGCAUGCUCUCUCUCUUUCUGUCUUCUUCCCUUGCCUUGCUCACUUUACCUUGUUGUAGCCAAGGCUUUUCAAGCUGCUAGUUCGUCUUUGGGCAUCCUGGAGGCACUGCAGAACCCACACAAACACACAUACACACACACAAACUUGGACAGACACAUGCACAACCAUAAUAAGCUUUUUUUUCCAAGUGGUUUUUCAUGUUUCUUUGCUUGUGGGAAGACAUCUCUGCAGCUCUGAUAACUAUCAAGUGAGAUUUCUCUUCAUCUUUUUUAAAAAACGUAUCACUUUGAGCCGGACCGACUGACCGCUGAAGGAAAACCUGACGGAGAAAUGAGUGAUUAUCUGCCGGCGGAGGACAGGCCUUGCCGGACGUCCUGAGACGCAGCUUUCACUGUGAUCCGCAAAAGACCCACUCCAAAAGGAAAAAAAAUAAGAACAAUGGUGUGCGCGUGAACUUCUGUGUGUGCGACCCUUUGGUGUGGGACACACACAUGCGCCCGCUCAAACACAAUAGCAGUUUUGGGAAAGAAGCUAAGGUUGAAAAAGAACGAGAAGAGAGGGAAGAAAGGAGAAAUACUCUUAUUCGUUGGCGAGAGUGAGAGGUGGAGGACAGGGGAGGGCCGCGGCGCUGCUCAUGUACCCGAGAGAAGGCCUUUCACUGGGGCUGGAGGAGAGGGGAGGAAAGACUGGCUCUCUGGCCUCUGGGCUGUCUCUCCUGCAGCAGGUUGGCUGCUGGCAAUUCAGUCUUAAUGCCUGGUCUAAUAAGGUCCCCGUGGUACAGCACCCUCACCAUGUGCACCCGCUCACACCUCUGAUCACCUACAGCAAUGAGCACUUCACGCCUGGGAACCCCCCUCCACAUCUACAGGCAGACGUGGACCCCAAAACAGGAAUCCCAAGGCCUCCACAUCCUCCAGAUAUAUCCCCCUACUACCCCCUGUCACCUGGCACUGUAGGCCAGAUUCCCCAUCCGCUAGGAUGGUUAGUUCCACAGCAAGGUCAACCAGUUUACCCAAUCACGACGGGAGGUUUCAGACACCCCUACCCAACUGCCCUCACUGUCAAUGCGUCCAUGUCAAGGUUCCCUCCUCACAUGGUGCCCCCCCACCACAGUUUGCACACCACAGGGAUCCCCCACCCAGCCAUCGUCACAUCCAACGUCAAGCAGGAGUCCUCUCACAGUGACAUCGGCUCCCUCAACAGCUCGAAACAUCAGGAUGCGAAAAAAGAGGAGGAAAAGAAGAAGCAGCCACACAUAAAGAAACCUCUGAACGCGUUCAUGCUUUACAUGAAGGAAAUGAGAGCCAAAGUGGUGGCAGAAUGCACACUGAAAGAGAGCGCAGCUAUCAACCAGAUCCUAGGCCGAAGGUGGCAUGCUCUGUCUCGAGAGGAGCAGGCCAAAUACUACGAGUUAGCCAGGAAAGAACGACAGCUUCACAUGCAGCUGUACCCCGGCUGGUCGGCACGAGACAACUAUGGGAAAAAGAAGAAGAGAAAAAGGGAAAAGCAGGCAGGAGAGGGCAAUGAACACAGAGAAUAUUUUCCAAACCCUUGCCUUUCACUCCCUCCGAUUACAGAUCUGAGCGCCCCAAAGAAGUGUCGCGCACGCUUCGGGCUCGACCAGCAGAAUAACUGGUGUGGCCCAUGCAGGAGAAAAAAGAAGUGCAUUCGCUACAUUCAAGGUGAAGGCAGCUGUGCCAGUCCUCCUUCUUCGGACGGAAGCUUACUAGAGUCCCCCCCAUCCUCCCCCUCCAUGGUCUCUCCCUCCCCGUCCUCGAAAGAGUCCAAACCACAGACUGAACAAAUGCAACCUCUCUCACUGACUAUGAAACCGCCCCCCCUGCUCUCGUCGUCCCAACACCAACACCUCUCCAUGGCUCCGCCUCCACCUUUAGCUCUGUUGGACAACACCGGGGCGGGCAAAACGUCCGGCUCGGCACACAACGGCUCCUUGGACCCCUCAGACGUGUCGUCGUCCCGACCCACAGGCUCCGCCUCCUCCAGGCCCACAUCGGCGUGUCAUUCCCACUCUCUGCUGCCCAGCUCCGCCACGACGCAACCCCUUUCGCUCGUAACCAAGUCGAUAGACUAGCUUCGUUGUUUUUUUAAACCAGCUUUCUCUGUCUGUCUGUCUGUCUGUCUGUCCGUCCGUCUGUCGCACGUCUUGUCUUUUUUCAUUCUACGUUCUGAUUCUCUUGUUUUUUCUGUGCGAUAUGGCUUUGAAAAUUUCGUUAAUUCUUUAUCAAAGUUCAUUGGUCAAUAUUUGACCUGUCAUUAUCUAAAAAAAAUGAAAUUAUUAUGAUUAAAUAUUGAUAAUUAAAUACACUAAGUUGUAGAGUAUAGCUUUGUGAAUCUGCCAAAUUUUUUAUGAAUUUUUGGGUUCGUUUUUGUUCAUGUUUUGCUUUUUGUUUUACAGCUGUACAACAGAAAAAUGCAUAAUUGUUAUGUAGUUUUACAUAGACAUGUUUAAAGACAGAUAUACAAAGUAGGUGAGGAUUCAGUGAGCCCUUUUCUCAAAGAAUUGGUUCUCCUUCAUUAUUUGUAUUAAAUACGAGCUUGUGAACCAAUCAUUUUACAGCUGUCCAAAACUCAGAGGGCAUGAGGACCGUGGAGACACCUCUCCGACUGAGGAACAACUUUAAUCGUGAUGUUACUUGUUCUUGUUUAAAUGUACAGAAAUAUGGGGGGUUACUGUGUUAAUAUGCAUUGUUCCAUUGCGUUGUCCGUUUUACCUUUCUUUUUUGUUGUUGUUUACCAGGGGGAGGGAGGUUGA